AUGUUGAGUCUAAAGGCAUCUCUGACGUCUAUGACAGAGCACACUGAAAUCAAGACAAAUCGACCAACCCCGAAAGAACCAAGAAUUUCAACCCCAAUGGCUACGCCGAUGUAUAAAAGUGACGAAGAUUGGACGCAUCACCCGUUAGCGCAAAGUAUGAGUGCUAGAGAUCCCGCUUCAACAUCAAGGGUUGGCAACCUAGUUCGUAAACCCAAUUUAUAUGAUGGGCAAACUUCAUGGGAGGCUUACUAUGCCCAAUUUUGCAUAAUAGCAGAAAUGAACGGAUGGGACGAUAUGGAAAAGGCAUCCUUCUUGGCAACCAGUCUCAAGGGAACGGCAUUGCAAGUGUUGGCCAAUUUAUCCAAUGACCGUAGACAAGAUUAUCGAGCUUUAGUAACUGCUCUGGCUAGUCGAUUUGGCACGUCACACCGUACAGGGAUUUCUAAAGUAAAGUUCAAAAAUCGAGUCCGACAACGUGAUGAAGGGUUACCUGCGUUGGCCGAGGAUAUAGAAAGGCUUGCUCGGUUGGCUUAUGCGGAUGCUCCUCCAACAAUAAUUGACACUAGCUCGUGA